UGCACGCGAAACCAGCGAACGUAUAACGCGCAUUAUCUUGCAUAACGUACGUCAAAGGAGACGAUAUCGUUCUAGCACCAUAGUUCUAGUAUGGAGACGCCGCCCACAGUCAUAGGAACACAGAAGCCGAAGGGGCCACCGGAUAAUGCAGCAUUACCGAGCUCUACCCCUGUUCAACCUGGAACCUCAGUUAUGGAUGUGAAGUCACCAGAGGAAGGAUCCCUGCUUUCGGCUGAAGUGUCAAAAUUGACUCCAGUAGCCGAGCGACCCAAGAAGAAAAAAAAGUCGAAACGAAAAGGAAUAGUCAGUCCAACUAGCGGAGCGACAUCUCCAGGUAGUCCAGUCGGGUCACCAACACCCCUGAGCUCGGCUGGAUCACCUAUGCCUCAUCAGUCCAAGAAGAGAAAGUCAACGAGAGACGCACUAUCGAGCCCAUCGAGCGGUGAAGUUCACUCGGCACCUACGUCCGAUGCACAUGUUUUCACUCAACCUCAGAUGCAGCAGAGUUUCGACAGUCCUACGGGCGCUCAUCCGCCUGCAGGAGAAUCACCGACGCACAUCCAGUCAAAGGAGUCUGCACACGGUGAAGAGGUUCCUCAAUCGCCUUCUCGAAGUCUCUCCAGAAAGAAGUUGGCGGGAACUUCUAGCCCAAGGGCAACAGAAAUGCCUCCUGUGUCUUCGAAAUCCGCCCCAACAGCCGACAGCAAACCUCCGGAAGGAGACUCUCAAGCAACAGCUGCUCCUUCGACACAACUCACGGAUAAGGUGGCUACGGAGGAACCAGCCCCUCUUCCUUCCAAAGAACAGCAUCGCUCUAACCUGGCGCUCACUGAUGGGAAAGCCCUAGAGGAACAGGUCGAUGACGCACCGAGCCGUGUUACUAAAGAAAUGCUACUUUCACCCCCGAAAAAGCCAACUGCAUCGGACCCGGUAUCUCGAAGCGGAAGCCCAUUCGUGACACCAACACAGAGGCCAACAUUAGAUGAGAAGGCGCCAGACACCUAUCUCUCGCCACCACCCGUACAGACCAGCGAUCACCAGCAAGAGCAGGAGAGCAGUCUCGUUGCCGACCCCAUCUCUGUGUGCGGUCACGGCUGCUAUCAACGAAUGGCCCUGUUCUGUAGUCAACUUGCUGGAUUUGUAUUCCUGUCUCAGCACAUGGUUGUGGUACUGACAACGCCGUACACAGAUCAUUGGUGCAAAGCCCCGCCUCAGUUCGCGGAUAUGGGGGUCUACGAGUGGAGGAACACGAAUAUCCCUCGAGAACCCGACGGCUCUCUCAGCCACUGCCUGGUGUAUGACCCUCCGCUACCGUUUGGAGGACCGUCUGAAAACAGGACAAUUCAACAUUGUGCCGAAUGGGAUUUCGACCAGAGCGAAUACACGGAAACUCUGCAGAGCCGCUGGCACCUUGUCUGCGAACGCAGCAGGCUUGUGUUUCUUCUGCAAACGGUGUACAUGAGUGGGGCCAUGGCUGCCGUUCCCAUCGCCGGCCUCCUGUCCGACCGCGUCGGGCGAAAAGUCGUCGUCGUCGUCUCUGUCGCCAUCUUCCUCAUAUCGGGCUUCACCGCUUGCUUCGCCAAGACCUUCUACAUCUUCGUGGCUUCGCGGUUCCUGGUCUCCGGAGCGACGGCGUCCAUCCGAAUCUUCACUUACAUCUUGCUGUUCGAAAUUUCGACGCCGGACCUGCGCUUUUUCAACUGCGUCGUCGUCCAGACCGGUCUGCUGGCUGCCACCGUAUUCACUUACACGCUCAAGCAGCUCCACUUGAGCGUCAACUGGGUCCUGAUCAUCUUACUGAUUCCAGCCGCGUGCCUCAUCUGCACCGGAUUCAUGAUACAAGAAUCGCCCCGCUGGCUGCUCGCAGUCAGUGAUUACAAAGGUGCCGAACGAACGUUAAUGUGGGCCGCCAUGCUCAAUGGCGUCAGGGACACCGAAGCACGCACGCGCUGGAAACGGGUCAUGCGUACCGCCCAGAAAUCCGAAGAAACCCUGACAGUGAACAGCAUGUUCGCGCGAGGCAACACCCUCAAGAAACGAUCAUUCAUCCUUUACAUGUGUUGGACAUCCACCAUGCUCGCGUUCUACCACUUGAACCUGUACGUGAACCGGGGAAUAUCCGAAACGGCUCGUCUACUCUGCGCACUCUCGCAAGCUCCUGCCCUAGCCAUUGCCUUCGUGUUGAUGGAGAAAGCCGGUAGACGUCGACCAUUCUUUCUGACGCUUAUGACCUGUGGGGUGCUCAUGCUUACCUUACCGUUCCUCUCAACGCGCCCCGCCGAAGAACUGCUGAUGGACAUCUUCGUGACUCUCGCAAACUUGGUCGCCAACGUGGCGGUGGUCGUCAUCUACCUGUACUCCAUGGAGCUCUAUCCGACCACGCUGAGGAGCACCGGAGUCGCCUCUUGUUUCCUCUUUGGAAGACUCGGAGCCCUGAUGUCUCCGGCCUUACAGGACCUUGGAGGCGUGACACAUUCCAGCGUUCCGUACGUGUUAUCUGGCAUCAUGAACAUCGUAAGCGGAGUCUUUGCGACGAAGCUUUCGGAGACGCGGCUAUUUGGUGCGGUUGACAGCAUCAAGCAACUGCAGAAACAGGGGCAGAGAGAGAAGCUGCUCGAGUUCGACUCGAAGCCGAUUCGGGGCAAGCAUCAUAGGGAACCGUGAGCGUCGAUGGAAGCAGAUAUGUUCCCAUUCUAUUUUUAUUGCAAUACUGCCCCUUAUUUAUUCACGCUAACGUGAAGAGUGUGGAAACUUGGACCAAGGCUAGUUUCACGCACAAUAAAACAAUAAUAAUCU